AUGAGAGUUAACAAAGUCCAUUCGGUUCCUGAAAAGUACAUACUAGAUCGAUGGAGGAAAGACAUAAAAAGGACAUACACUCUUAUACCUUCUUCUUAUGAUUUAGUUGAUCAGAGGCCUGAAGUUAGCAGAUCUUCACGUAUCAUCAAGAAAUGUUACCAAGUAGCCACAAAUGCAUCGUCAUGUGAUGAGCACACUGAGGAUAUGCUAGCUAAACUAGAUGCGAUGAACUUAGGCUAUCGCACCAACUUGCCGCCCUCAAAGGUUGUAGUGAUUCAUGCCGACACAACCACAGAUGCGAGUUCUAAGAAAGUGCUAAGUCCUCAUGUAGUUAGAGGAAAAGGUAGACCUCCAUCUCUUAAAAAGAAAUCAAUGAUUGAGAAAGUGAAACCCAGGACGAAGAAGGCUAGUCAAAAAGGAAAGCGUAAACAGCCAUAUGGAAUAGAAGGCGAAGUUGUUGGAACGUGCAGGAAUUUAUUUGGCCAAACAGUUGUUGGAACACAACAAAAUGUCCCAGUUGAGCCGAUACAAAACACUACCGAAGUGUUAGACUUUAGUGCCACCGAGUUUGGGUUUGCAGUGAAUCAGACUCAAAAAAGUGUAAAUCGUGUUCUUUAA